AUGCUCGCUGGUACACCGGACAUGUUUUUCGAAAAGGAGUCUCCAAAGAGGACACCGUCCUCGACACCAUCGCCUCAGCCCUUAAACAACGACCAUCCUCAUCAUUAUCAUCAUCAGCACCACCAACAACCCCAUCCUCACACCCACCAAGGGAUGCUUGUAUCUGGCUCGUCCUCUGCAGCCUCACUCUCUUCGUCAUCAACAUUUUCAUCGGUCGUCUCAUCAGCAACUGCGGUAGCAGCAGCAGCAGGAAACAAACACAGCCAUUUGGCUGCACCAUCCGCGGUCAUCGCCACUACGACUUUGCCAUCGUCGAGUUUAAAUUCCGUCGACGGUCAAAAACAGCAGCAGCACACUAAAGACCAAAAGCGGCCAAGGCAGUAUAACAAAAAAGACUCUACAAAUCUUCUUCCUGCCCAAGGAAAAGACAAAGAAGAGCAAGUAUGGCCACCUGAUGUAGAAUCGGCCUUUGUUGAAGCAUUAGAGACGAUUCCCAAACUGGGAAGGAGGAAGAUCCUUGUCAACGGCAAACCAUGUGGUCGCAACGAGUUGAUCUCUGAUUUCAUUUUGCGUAAGACUGGCAAAAACCGUACGCGCAAACAAGUCUCGUCGCACAUUCAAGUGCUUAAAAACACACGUAAAGGCGACCCACACUUUAUGCGACUUUUGACGGACUCUGCAACAGAUGCUGACGAUGAAACUGCAGUGGUAGCAGCAGCAGCAGCCGGAGCUGUUAGCAACGGCAGCACGAAUCGCACCAAAUCCGGCAAAAAUUACGUACAAAAGCAACGGCGUCAACAACAGCAACAAAGCAAUCGCAUGACAGGCGGAUUAGUAGCCAGUGCAUCUUCAGCCAAUCCCCUAUCGACAGAAUCAUCAGGUGAAGAUUUGUCUAUGAGCGACUCGUCGUCGCCGUCGCAUGCCGACUAUGUACUUGAUAUGAUGUACGGUAGCAAUGAGCUGUACGAUCCUGCCCUGCAGCACCCACUCUUUGGCGGCGUCCAAGAUUACCUGCAGCCCUUUACAGAAACACCACCUAGCAGCGGCCAGUUGUCAUCAGUAAUGGACGCAUCACCUUUUGGUAUGAUGGACUUCGACGAUGCCUUUUCUUCAGGCAUAUCUUUCAACGAUCCAUUUGUUAUGGGCGCCGAGUCGUCUUCAUCGACUACUCACACGAUAGACCAAUACUCAUCGUCUGUAAAUCCAAUCAUCACCGACAACGACGAAGAUAUGCUUGACAACAGCAAUAACCAUAGCAGCAGCAUUAGCAACGGCAGCGGUAAGCUGGUAAAUCCGUUGGUUCCCAUGGCAACCGAUACCCCCAACAAUAUCGAAACGUCACAAAGCAAACGCAAAAUGAACAUCCGUACAGCGUCUCAGCCGGCUCUCGUUUAUUCGUCAUCCUCAUCUACUUCGUCAUCGUCAUCCGCCCAAAGUCUUACGUCAAGAAAGCGUAUCAUGGGCCAAUUUGGACAGACCACCAAGCGAAAGACCUCCGGCAAUGUUGCAGUUCAACAACGAGCCAUGUCGGCGGGCGAUCUCUCGGUCAUGAUGAAAGAAUUGGAAAGCCCGCCGUUUCCGCUUUGGCCCAACCAUAUAUGCCUGUAUCUGGAUUACUCGUUGCCUUAUGAUACGUCCACAACGUAUUCGCAUAAUCUGGCGCUGCUGCAGCAUUGCUACCCAAACUGUUUGUCGACAGUGGAAGCCGAUUGCAUUGCAAAACAAAAAUGUCCGCCGCUUGCUGAUAUCGUUGCCAGAGAACCUUCCUGCAUCGUAUUGUUGGCCAAGACAAAACUGGACCUGAACCUGAACAUAUCCGACUUUGUUUUCAGCAACAGAUGCUACUUUGAGUCGCGCGAACGCAAGACGAUUGAAUGCACAACCACUAUUUAUUCGUUUGGUAACGUUGUACUGGAGUCUAAAGAAAUCCAACACGGACUAUUGCUAGACCAAGGCAAAUACGUGUACAGUUUCGUGUAUGUGAACCAGUUCUUUGAUGCUUUUAUGAAAGGCAUUCGGUCUUUGCAAAGUUACGAAGAAAUUGAUAUCGCUAUUCGAAAUCUGUGCAUCGUGCAGGUGUUCGAUGACAUUGAAGAGAAGUAUGGCUCCUCUGCAACAUCCUUUAACCAACCCUGGGAUACACAACAACAAAAAGAACAACCAGCAGCACCAACAACAGCAGAAACAUCACAAGCGACCUCAUCGUCAUCACCGUCUUCUCCGCAGCUCGUCAUGGUCUAUGACUUUGAACGAGGCCACGGAAACAUUGCCAUUUCGGCGGUGGGUGAUGCAGCGACCACAUCCAAGCUGGGUAUUGGCCGUGGAUUCGAUUUCCUGGACGACAUGUAAAAUCAACAACCCCUUUCUUUUUUUAGCUAUGUCUCAUUAUGCUUGCACCCCACGCAUAAAUAUACACACACACACAGCGCACAUAACCCAACGUACAUACACACACAAUCCAUAAUCUACACUUCACACUUUACAACCCACUCACUUACAAACACUUUAUCACACACACAAAUUGCAC